AUGUCAGAAAACUGGACAAAAUGCGAUUCCAACGCAGAAUGUGUCAAAGCCUGGAAUUUCUUUAUAGCUUAUCAAGAACAAAAUGCUCUGUACAAGUUGCAUCUUCAGAGAUGCAGCGCGUGUGGAUAUUAUUGGCAGAUGACAGACAUCAAGCAUUACUCUGCCUGUGGCAGCACCGGGGAGGAACGAAACGAAAAGAGUAACUGUACAGGCUCAAGGGCUGGAUCGGUUGCACCGGCAUCAGCGCCUGAGACCCUGGAACUUUGCACUCCUGAUGAACCAAAAGCUGGAGACCUGCACCUGAGUGAGGCCUUUUCAAUUUCGACUUGUAUCAGCGUAGGUCUCCAUCGCCUCAAUUGUAUGGCAUCGCGUGCCUUCGACGAUUUGGAUGUGCACGUACCUCGGGCCUCCCAUGUGCACGCUCCACCACAGGCCACUGGCGUCCCAGCAUUGCAAGAGCAUUCACCACGGACCUCUGGGGUGCAUGCUGAUCUAGCCUCUGACGUUGAGGCAAUAUUGGAUGAUGUCCUUGCUGAUGUGGCCUCUGGUGCCUCCUAUGAGCAUGCUCCUCUGGUGUCCAACGCUAACAUUCACGAGAUGCAUAGGUUUAGGAGUAAAAAUAAAGCAAGCAGAUAUAAACAUCAUAUAUAG